AUGUCGACAUCAAUCAUAAAAUUGGUUGAUCCGCCAUGCAGCACAAAUUUACCCGGCGACCAUUUUGGUCAUUCUUUAGACUUGGUCACUACACUAAAAAGCGAGUUAGCCGCCUCAUCUUACAAACGUGAUCGCUUAAUGGCAGAGAUAACUGAAGUGAAAAGUUCUCUAUGUGCCAAGGAGACUGAAUGUGAAGCCUUACGUGCCCAAACGGCCCGACAAUCAGCAUUGAUAGGAUCUCUGCAGAGCCGCAUUCAAGCGAUUGAAACCAGAGAACGAAAUCUCCAGACUAGAUCCGAAACCUCUAUUCAAACUUUACAACGGGAGAAACGCAGCGCAGAGGAUAAGAUCAAAGAAUUAUUAAGCAGGAUUCGACGACUGGAAGUCGAUUUAACGAACGAGGAGGGUCAAAAGGAUCAAGCAAAAGUUAAUUUUCAGGAGUUGCUGAGGAAGCUAUGUGUCUGUCUGGGGAUAGAUUUAUGUGAGUCAACUCAUUUGAAUCCUGAAUGUAUUCUGGGUAAAACUGGUGAAGUUGUUUCGGAGUUGCAGAGGUUGAGGACGAAGAUAACCGCAACUUGUGAAACUCUCAAUGGUUGCGAGUCUGAGCUUAUGAACUUAAAGACAAUUUCAAAUGCCGACAAACAACGUCUAACGAGUCAAGUGGAAGCAUUGGAAGGACAUAAUCAUGAGUUGGAAACAAGAAAUAGACAACUCGAUAGAGAUUUACAAGUAGCACGAGAUCGCCUUACUGAAAGUGAUAUUUGCAAUGAGAAAUUGCGCGAGGAGCUGCGCGGAUUUGAGUCCCGAUGUCAUCGGUUACAGACUAAUAUCGACCGUUUCCAAAGUGAUCGCUUGCAAUUUCUUCGUGGGUUGGCUACGGUAAUCAACGUACCUGAACCUUGUGAAACACUUAUUAAGGAUAAGGUUCGCGAGAUUGUGAAUGAAAAUCAAACUAUGCAUAGCCAACUUCAUAAUCUUCGUGAUCAAUUGGCGGAUGAGCAGUCACGCCAUCGUGAGAUUCAUGAAACUUCAAAUUGCAGAAUUCGAGCUGAAGAGGCUCAAAAGUGUGCAUUAGAGGAACGUUUGGAGAAAGCGAAUGUAGAAAUACAUGACCUCAGGAACGAACAUAUUAAGCUAAGUGAUUACUUAGUUCGGCUUUCCCGGGCCUUAUGCUGGAGUGAGUGUACAUCUCCUCCUGCUCCUGGAACGGACACGACAAUCCUUGCUGAAAGUUUAUUGGAACGGGCUGAGCGUUUGUCGGGUCAUCACGACCACCAUGCACAUACUUGUGAAAAGGACUGUAUUGAAAAUCAUCAUCACCGGCAUCAUAGCAGUGGUUCUACUAAGCUUCGACGUGGGACAUCUUGCCAUGAUAUACCUAUGAAGGAGACUUCGGCGGUGUAUGCUCUUCAGAGACGAGUGCGAGUUCUAAGAGAGCAAGUGCAGAGGCGGGACCUCCAUUUGGAGCUACUUAGACGGAAAUUGGCACUUCUGGAUGAUGGAGCUAGAGGAAAGAGCAUGCUGAUGGCUGAACGUGAUGACGCUCUCAACCGUAUUCGUCGUUUGACGAAGCAAGUUGAGAAGCUGACUCAGCAAUUGAUGGAAACCAAAAGCCAGUUAACCGAAGUCAAAGCGCAGUUAGUGGAAGCAGCUGAACAUAAGAUUACUUCACUGGAGCGAGCACGAAAAAUUGAUGAAUUAUCUGCAAAGGCUUGUGACCUGGAAAAUGAACGUACCCGACUUCAAACACAAUUGCACGCCUUGAAAGAACGUAUUCGCUCUAUGGAGGACUCUUCGCAGGAUAGGAGACGCAGGGAUGAGGCACUUAUACAGUCACUUCGCGACGAUUUGUCCCAUUUGAAGACACAACUUACCGACGCCAACCAUCGUUUAUCGCACCUGCAGGCAUUCCGCACUUCGGUGGCACGUACGUUGCAUCUACGUGACCUCCCUGAAACGGACUUGUUGCAUCGUUUGCAGACUUUGUGCAAUGCUCAUCAGGAAUUCACGAUGCUUUCGCGCCGAUACGAAUCAGCCUCGCCGAGCGGUGAGCAUCCAUGUUCACGCUUUGAUGACCUCGCAGUGGCGACGGCACCGACAAACGUGGCGAAUCCUUGUCGGCCGUUGAGCUCCAGCCCGCGCCAUGACCACAAAUCCCAUCAUCAGCAUCCACACCAUCACCGCCACCAUUCGGCCACACGCAGAUACGAUGAAGACGACCAUCACACUCAUCUGCAUUACGAGGAGGAUUUUGAUUACAAGAAAUAUUAGAGAAGUGAUUUCGUAUCAAAAUGGCCCUAUCAUGGGUUCUUUGUUCUUUCCGAAGUGUAA